AUGCAACAUGAUCAAGGCCGUAACAGGCGACCUCGAGGGACCGGAAGUAUCCACCGCGAGAGCGUUUACGACAAUGAGAUCAGAAUCGAGAAUAGACCAGCAGGCUCAGGUCGCAACUCCCGAAGGAAUCUGCGGCAACCAGCCCAGCCUGAAUCUCAUGCUGAAGGACAGCCAACUGCCGCAGAAGAGCGUCGACGGCGUCAACAGGAGCAGCGACGAGCUGAACUAGCCGCCGAACAAGAGCGAGCUGCAGCAGAAGAGCUUCGAAGGCGCCAACAUGAACGCCAACGAGCUGGAUCGGAGAGGAGCGUACGGGUUGAAGCCCAACAGGAACGGGAGAUCGACCAUGCCGUCAAGGAACUGAACCGCAAGCCAACAAGUCUCAAGGAGGUCAGGGAGACCCGAAAGCAACCUACCAAGAGCGAUGUGAAAGCCCUGGUUCGAGAAUGGAAUAAACCGCAACCAGCGAAAAGCAAAGAGCCUGUUCUGGAGAGACGCAAGACGAAGCUUGGGACUCGUACGGAGACAGUCGUCUCAUCCGAAAAGCCCCGUCGCAGCGCGAGCCCGGCUGCCAAAAAGGAGAUCGAGAUUCUGGUAAAUCCGAAGGAUAAAAAGACUGGCAAGCCGGCCAAGGUCCCGGGGCACUUUGGUAGUGAUCCGGUGAUGGUCGGGAUAGAUCCCAGGGGCAGGCGAUUCGUGAUGAAAAUCAAAGCUCGGACGCUGGAUUCCCAAUCGAGCCUCGAAUCUGACGAGUGA